GUCUCUGCGGUGUGGGGGCCCGGUGUUCUGUCCCGGCCCCGGAGGGGGUUCCCGGGGUUCCCGACUGGAGUCCGAGGUCGGGCAGGGAACCGAAGGAGGACGAGACGACCAGAGACGACCACCGUCGGAUAUGAGACACCGUAUACAGCCAGAGAGGGUUCAUUACUCAGCAGGAAAUCAUGUCAUGCACAGACUCUGUGAACAGAAUAAAGGAACCCAAUGUGGAGAAACCUUCAGUCUCAUUCCUCGAAUUAAUCUGCACAAACCCAUUUCUGUGGGAGCGAAACCAUCUGAAUGUACCAAGUGUGGAAAAGGCUUCACACAUCUUUCUUCCCUCAAGAUGCACGUUAGAUGUCACCGUGGACAUAAACCACAUCAGUGUCAGGAAUUCAAGCUGGGCAUUCAUACUGGGGAGAAAUUCUAUGGUUGUAAAUUAUGUGGGAGGACCUAUCCUUAUUUCUAUUGCCUCACUCAACACAUCAGGAUGUAUGCUGCAGAGAAAAAUUAUGAAUGCCAGUGGUGUGCAGAAACCUUCAGUAAGCUCUGCAGUCUCACUAGAUUGUGGGAACUCACAGGAAAGAAGCCAUAUAAAUGUAGUAAGGAGUGUGGGAAAGCCUUCAUUUAUCCCUGAAUCUUUCAAAGACACACAAUAACACAGAUGGGGGAGAAACCCUAUGAAUGUAAAUAUGUGGGAAAACCUUUCAGCAUUCAUUCUCCCUCAGGCAAUUUAUGAAGAUCCACACUACAGAGAAAACCUAUGAAUGCAAGCAAUGCAGGCAAGCCUUCAGGCAGUUCUCUAGUUUUACCAGACAUGUACAAACUCACAAUGGAGAGAAGCCGUAUAAAUGUAAGGAAUGUGGGAAAGUAUUUAUCCCUCAGUCUUUCCAAAGCACAUGAUAAUACACACUAGGGAGAAGCCCUAAGAAUGUGAAGUGUGUGGGAAACUUUUUGUCAUCCCUAUUGCCUGGCUCAACAUGUAAAUAUUUACACUGCAGAGAAAACCUACGAAUGUAGGAAGUGUGGGCAAGCCUUCCGCGAGGUCUCCUGUCUCACUGGACGUGUGUAAACUCACAGUGGAGACAAGCAAUAUAAAUGUAAGGAAUGUGGGAAAGCAUUUAGUUUGCCUGAAAACUUUCGAGCAUAUGUGAGGACAACCACUGGAAAGAAACUCUGUACCUGUGACCUGUGGGAAAGCUUUCAAUUCUCCCAAGUCCAUUCAAGAUCACAUGAAAACUCACACUGGAGAGAAACCUUGUAAAGGUCAACAGUGUGGAAAAGCCUUCAGGUGGUCCUCAACAUUUUGAAAACAUUUGAGAAUUUACACUGAAGAGAAAGUGUAUAAAUGUAAAAAAUGUGGGAAAGCUUUCACUUCUUCCAGAUCCUUCCAAGGUCACGUGAGAACCUACACACACCGGAGAGAAGCCGUAUGAAUGCACACAAUGUGGGAAUGCCUUCGGUUGGUCGUCAUCCUUACAAAAACGCAUGAGGAUACACACUGGAAAGAACCCCCACAAAUGUCAACACUGUGGAAAAGUCUUCAUGUGGCCCUCAUCCUUUAGAAACCAUGUGAAAGUGCACACUUGGAUAGCAAGUCCAUGAAUGCAUGCAAUACUCGAAAGUUUUUGCUUAAGUCAUUCUUUCUA